AUGGCACAUGUUGGUAGUACAUACGAAUAUUGUCAAGUUAUUUCAGCUCAUAGUCAAGAACAGGAACAACUGAUGGCACCAUUUCCUCUAUCUGAACAACCUUUUGAACGGUUAGCACUAAAUGAAAUGGAACGUCGACAUUUUCAUACCCAAGCAACCGAACUUCUUGGAAAUUCUCUAAAAGAAUAUGAAGAAUAUGUCCUUAUACGACAUCGUCAAAUUGAUAAAUUACGUUGGAAAGUGAUUAAAACUUAUGAAAAUAUUGCCGUCUAUCGGGAAUCACGGUCUUAUAUCGGUACUCUUCUGGAGGUUCAGUUUCUGGCACUUCCGUCUCAUUACCAGCUCAUCAAGUGA